CCCAUCCUCUGCAGAGGAUGUUAAAGAGAGCGCACUAGCUAUCUCCCAAUUGCAUUUCGGUUCAUGAUGAUUUUUGGAUGAAGUUGAAGUAAGAGGUACACAAUCGACAUCUCUUAAGAUGAUGACGUCCACGACAACAUGCUUCGAACACUUGCCACGGAACUUUUACGUUUUCCCCACGCUAUUAUUUUUGGUUUUCGUCCUUCCGCUUAAUAAUCAUGCCUUUGCAGUCUUUUCUCCAGGCACCCGAGGGUCCCGUGCUUCAAUCCCAAGGGUCGUAAGUCUGGAUGAUAUCCUCGACGUUGGUCUCGAAGAUGCAGCCGAGCGACGGCGAAAAGAGGUCCGAGACCGGCUCGUGGAGCAGAUUGGGGAACUGCAGAGCCAGAAUGCGAGUACUAUGGACCCAAAGGACUGGGAGACGCUCUUUCUGCUGCAGCAACCAGAAAGCAUAGUAAAUGGUCGUAGCAUACUUGAUUCUGCAGCUGAUGACUCAGAUGACGGAGAUGGCCAUGUACAUAAUAGCUCUGGGGACGUCGGCGCACACGCAGCCUUGUCCAAUAAGGAUGGGAACAGUGACCUUCAUGGAGAGGAGGAGGACAUCGACGAAGAUGAUGCGUGGGACUCGGAGUUUGGUGGGGAAGUCGGCAGGAAUAAUGAGAUUGAUACAGCUUCUCUCCACUACAGCUUCAACAAUCCGACCGCUAGCGAGCGGCAAAGUGUGGAAAUAAAUCCAGGUGCAUUGUCGACUGCAGAUGUAACUACGUCUUUGAUCAUGCCUCCACCUUCUUUGACAAUGACGACAGGAUCUGCGGGUUCUUCACGAGAUGUGCGAGGAUCUGCGGUGCCGGUGAACAUCUAUGGGGCAAGGAGCUUGGGAAGUGGCUCUACAUUUGAUGAUCAAGGUCGUACUACAACUGGCGACGCAAAACGACAACAUCCACGACAACGGGGCCCGUUGCUACGCGCGCGCCCAACAGGACAAAUAGCAGUGAUGGAUGACUACAUCUAUGAGAAUCAAAUAUUUAAUGGAGGGCGAGGGCCGAUAGGCGGAGAUCUGCCAGCGGCCCCUCGGAUAGGAGAUGAAUCGUUGGAGGUGCGCGGCGGUUCCACUGGUGCCACACUAUGGGAACCUCCAGGCAACCAGACAGACGGCGGAAGUGGCACUAUGGUCUUCGUGGAUUCGUUCUCACUGCAUGGCGCACGUUCUCCACUGGCAGGAGCGCGCGACCAACACGAGGAUGGACAACACCUUCAAGGCUCUGAAGAAGAGAAUACUUUUGAUGUCGUGGACCCAGCAGAUUUUGAAUCUGCUUCCGGGGUGCAAGAACUAGCGAGUAUCCUGGAUACCAUCAACCGUUCGCCCCCGCCCUUGCUUGUUGGUGACACGAUAACAUCGAUUGUUCGGAGUGGUGCUAGCACGUAUCCCUUUCGUUAUGACAAAAGUUAUUUCGUUUUGUUGAUGAAGCUCAUGCUCAUGGAAGCCAAUAAUGUACAUUUUAUCUACAACCACUACGAGUUGCGUGCGUCGUCCUGUUCAAGAUCAAGAAAUGGUUUUAUGUACAAAAGAGGCUAUGUUUUGUAUGUUCGAUGUGCGUCUUUCAUUUGCUACCCGUGAUCGCAUACAACGUUGGAGGAGACUACGACCAGUACCGUGGACACAGACGUAGCGGAAAUAGGCAUGGCACUACAGCUGCUGACCUGUUCCGGAACGCGAGCAGCGGCAUGCUAGGGAUGAUGGACGGCACUGGAGCGCGUUUUGCGCGAACGAUUCAGCGUGUUACUGGCACGCAGGUGAAUUUGGGCAUGACGCCGGGAGCAGAGCAGCGGUACUACGUUCCUGUGGACGUAGGGAAUCACGGUUCCCAGAGUCUGAUUGCGACAGAGACUGGUAGCACACACCAGCAUCAGGUGGCUUGUACAAGCGCUACAGUUGCAAAUACAGGGGGAGGGAAAGAGCAGCAGGCUGUGACAGGAGACGGAGAACAGCAUCCCGAUAUUCGCAUUGCGCUUUCGUCAAUUCUUCACCUGCUAAGCAGCAAGAAAGACAAACGAGUACCUCUAGCGGAUGUUUUGCAACCUCUAGUGCAUCAGGCUGCGACCGGAAACACGAUGGAAGCAAAGGAGCGUAAUCGCGCCGCGCAAAUUCAGCCAGCGACUUCCGGAGAGGCACUGCGUCGUCAGCUAGCUGGAUGGGCCAGAGACGACUCGCUUGUGCGAGUCGUCAAAAUUUCACUAAAGAUAUGACAACUACUCAACAUGCUACAAGACUUUCGAUCACAAGUGUAUCAUGAUAGUGAGUCGCGCCAUUGCAGUGAAGCACUACUGCAAUCUUGUCAGCAUAUUGUCGAGAGUUUCGACAUGUUAUUUGCGUUAUGCUCAUGACAGGGUGUAUUUCUAUCCUCUUCCCUUUCUAGUGCUGGCAAACCCCACCUAGCUCUAAAAAUCGUCGGCGACGAGAGCUGGCUCGUGCCUUUUUCCGCCAAGAAGGGAAGAGUGUCCGUGGAAGACGAGUUACAAUAUCGCAAACACGAAAACGCAGAAAGACUAGAGCACGAGCAUGAAUUCGCUAAAGCAGACUUGGGGUUUUGCGUAGCGCCUCCGAACGAGCUGCAUGUCUGGCGCGAAAUCAAUCCGGUCUUAGUUUCGUCGCUCGACGACUACGCAAGUGGCAUCCGUGCUAUGGGCGCAAGGAAUGUGCAUCGCACUGGUGUCGCAGACCUGCAGCAUACACCAGGGCAGGACCAUGGUGGGGAAGGACGCAGCACCCGUGCCGAGGACACAGAUGCUGAAGAAUCUCUGCGGCCACGGGCCGCCGCAUCUGCGCGAAACAUCCCUUCUUCUGCGAGCGCCAAAACCGUCCUUCCGACCGCAUUUCGAGCGACUCAUGUGAUGUUUCAGAGGGCUAAUUCGGUAUCUGAGGCUGGUAGUUUCCCCGGUGGGUAUUCGGCGAGCGGCACUGGAGCAGGUCCAGGUUCGGCGACAGUGAAUGGUUCGGCGACAGUGAAUGUUCACCGAGUAGCCGCUGAGCCGACACCGGCUGCUGCUCCUUCGAAGUUCUCACCUCAGAGGCAGUGUCUGCUUUUUGGUAACGACAGGUCCUUAUAUGCGAGUACGUACUACCAGGCUUUGCGUCGCGGUGCUUGGGAAGAUUGGCACCAGUACCAACACCUUAAGAAGGCGGGAGGCAAACUUGUCAGCAAUUUAGGGAUCGGAGCAGUAGUCCGACCGCCGUUGAGCCCACCUGGUUCCAGCUUUCGGCGGCAUGAAAAGCCGAAACAGAAACAAGGAUCCUGUGGUACGAUCUUCGGGAAGAUUGCGGGUGCACUAACCUGUCGAGGGAAAGCGCCUCGAGACGAACACGACGCUUCUCGUACUUGGAAUAGUAGUAUAGGGAAAAUCGAUAUCAUCAGUGCACUACUUGCGAUUUCAGUAUGAGGCAGUUUCAGUGCUCGCGAGCAAUCUGUGAUUUUUGAUUCCACUUAGCGGUAGUUGAUCUUAAUUUUUCUUUGCAGCCCGCGAGCUCGCUGUCUUGGAGGGUGCUGAGGCCGAGACGAAAGCAAUUGAGGAAGACCGCAAAUUUUUCGAUAAGGAUCAUCCCUACGCAGAGGGCCACGACGGGAGCGUGCUCUUGCGCUGGUGCGAUCCCGAGAUGUCCUUGAAGUUGGAUUUUGACGAUUAUGGGGUUACGAUGCGCGCGCGCGUCAUCGGCCAUGUGCUCUCGCGCGUUUUCGACUUCCUCUCGGGUAGCUUGCGUGUCCGGGCACACGUUCCGAUCGGCGACGUCGAGUGUUUCUUUAAGAAUACGCGCAGCGUCGUUAUAAAUAGUUUCUCCGAGGCAGCGGCGCAGAAAGUGCGAGAGUACUUCUCGGUGGAGCUCUUCGCGGGACUACAGUGCAACCUACCCUCCCCCUUUCCAGCAGCGGUGGUGGACCUGUUUUGGAAGCUAAAGCUCGGGCCCCAUUCGGAUGUUUUAGAGAUUUUGGAGGAUUCAUUCUCUGCAUCGCUACAGAAAGAGAAAAAGGACGGGGAACUGGAUAAACAAACCCCUCUAGACGAACCCGAAAGUAAACCGGAGCAGCAAGAGGAAUCCGAUUAUGCCGCGUCUGUGCACGACGAGGGGGCUCCCGCAAAUCGCCCCAGCGUAACAAAUCCUGUGGCGCCGAGCAGCGCAAAAAGACCCCUGUCCAGCACUACCAAUAAGCGGUCUGGACUUCGUGGAGCCAACACGACCUCUCAUAACGUAGCUGUCCAACUCGCUGACACGACUUCUAGUGACAUUCAAUACGAAGCUCGAUGGAAGCACCGGGAAAUAGCACACUUGGAGCGCAUCCGCAGGCGGUUGCGCAAACGCUUGCACCGGCGCCACGAAGAUGUGGGCGUCUCUUCCGAGUUCGAUGUUGGUCUUCGCGGAGCUCUGUCGGUCGUGAGCGCUAUUUUCAGCGUGCGCGACAAGCUGAAAGAGGGCUACCGAAAUUUCGUGCAGGGCGGUUUGCACAAAGUCUUGUUCGAACGUCUGAAAGAUCAAAUUCGCCAUGGAAACCGUCUCAGAGACUGGCUCCCCUCAGUCGCUAGUGUCCUAGCUCUGCGAAAGCAGCACAGUCCCACAGAUUCCUUGACAAUGCUAGGCUUGACAUCUGCUGCUCAACACGUACGUCCGAUGGAAGUGGAGCAUCGGGGGUCUCUACCAUUGGAAAUGACUAUGUCGUCGGAGGAGCAAAAGAAGCAGGACUCGCAGACGGGAAGCGGUCGUCAGCUGACGGCUUCAGUGGGCGGCAGGCGUGGCAGUCCCACGAAUGGUGCGGAAAAAAUCGGCUCAAGUACCCCGAAGAGUGGUUCAGCUUCAUCUGCGGAUGAUCCUAAUGCCGGAAAGCCAACGAAGCGGGUGUACUGGGACUUGAGUUCGUGGCCCCAGUUUGGCUCUGAAUGCACUCUCGGCGUCGAUUGUUCCGACAAAAUGCCGCUGAUGGAUCUGCGCAUUGUCGACGUGCACCCUGCGUCGCAAGCGAGUGGAUGGAGGCCCUUUUCGUCACGACACGGAGGAGGCGAGUACGAAAGUGAAGUCGUGCAGUUGCAUAUCGGUUUUCCGGAUUUGCUACGGACGAUUCUUGAGAGCACGAACACUCUGCUGAGCGAGUUUCAGCUAGCGUGUCAAUGGAGUCACGUUCACGAUAUGGUGCUCAGCUUUGGGAAUGGCAACCUGGUCCCGCCGACGCGGCGGCAGAAGAAGCGCGUUACGAUUGUCAGCAAGCCAGAAGAAGUCGUGUUUUAUCGGACCCCAUCUUCACAGUCAAACGCGUCAUCCCCGCGGGGCGUAGUCAAGCGGAUAAAAUCGACAUCAAAUGUUAAGAGCAGAACUCCUACGAACACUGACUCCAGUACUAGCGGCGCAGAUAAUUCGUCUGUUGGCCACGUGGAGGCUCGUCAACCACGAAUUCUGACGCGAGCUCCAACUGGCGCAAGGGCAAACGGCUUGACGCGCGGCGCAAGUCGAGCGUUUGACGACCAUUCAAUAGAAUUGCAACGCCGUGACGAGCGAGAGGCGGAGCUCCGCAAAUGGGAACUGGAGCAAUCCGUCGAGGAGACCCGAGUUCGGGCCCGCAGGCGCCACAGCACUCUUUUGAGAGACGAUAGCAGUUACACUCCUUUGGAGUUUGAUAUCACGCCAUCAUCUGCAUCUCAAGCAAGCCCUAGGACUUCCUCGCCAGCGGCCGCAUCGGCAUCACCCUCUUCAGGUACUAACGAUACUAGCACUGGUGAACACGUUGUCCCCGCAACUCCUCGAAGACCUGGGUCACCACUCUCGGAAGAUCAUCGUUCUGGUGCUUCACCGACAACGUUUUACGCGGCUCGCGCAACCGCUUUUCCAGUAGCAUCGUCUGAUAAUGCGACCCAGCAAGCAGCGGAGGACUAUCUGUGGAGAAAACUUGACCCGCAAACGGGAGGACCGCGCAUGCCAAACGACGCUCGCUAUGAGAAUGCAGUAAUUCAAGAAAGACUUAGUGAAUACGUGAAGGUGAAGCCGGAGCCGUGGUUGAAUACGCCACAAGGAUCGAGCGGAGGACAAACGAAGGAGCAGCGCGGUUCUUCAGGAACAUCAGAAAGCACUUCAGAAGAUCUUACUGCCAACGAUCAUGUGUCACCUAUUGGUGUGGAAAAGGAGAAAGAGGAGGAAUCUCCGCUCACUCCUUUCCUCGCUUUCAAACUCAGCGCAAAGUGCAGCGGAUUGAACCUUUACGGUUGACUCUAUCAAUACUUAUUUGAUCAGACCGUAGUAAAUUUCUUUACAAUUGACGAAGAAGUUUUUCCUCCUAAGUCAAGUACAGGAUUAGUAAAGUUGUCACACUCAUCAUACAGUUGAUAUUUGAGCUUGAAUAUUUCCCCACGACACCCUUCUUCUAAAAGAUGUUUCGGAAUUUCGCGGGGGUGACCGUUGAUGCUAGUUGGGAGUUUGCACUAGCAAAGCGUGGAUCGGAACCGGAGUUACGCCUUCUUGACUGGUUUGAUAUCACGCGUUUGCGAUCCGAUUUCGGAUGGAUGAAAAUGCAUCCUGAAUUUCCUGUAGACGGAUGGGUGGUGAGACAGUUGCGCACUUUGCUCCGCGAGCAAAUUCUUGGCGAAACAGCACUGCAGUUGCAAGAAGCGGUCGCGAAUCUCAGGGUGAAGUAAGCAAGGUCUAAGACGGUACGUUUUUUCGUUUUGUUACUACUUCAAACGACAUAACAAGUUGGUCGCAUACUGAAAUGCUAGACAAGUACUUAAGUAAAUGCUUAGAAGCAUACUUCGGAUAUAAGAGAGAACCUUGAUUGAGAACAAAUAAAAUAUUAUAGUAGAUCACAAUAUAUUGGACAACGAACAACAAAUCGGAGAGUCUACGGUGAAUAGCUCCCUCACUCAACGAGACAUUCUAUUUUGUUGAUAAGGAAUACGGUCGUAUAUAGCCCUUCUAUUUUCUCUCUUUUCUUGGCGCUAGUCAGGAGUUCGUGAGUUCACUACGUAGAUUUAACUUUUAGAAUGAUAAGUAGGUCUAAAUGUUUUAGUAGUUCUAGUUACUUGGUGUUGACUUUAUUUUGCGAACAAUAGAAAUACAAGGAUCAACACAAGGUCAAGGACAAGCCUUCAAAGUCUGUCGAAUGCCAAACGCAACAGCACAUAAAUGCACAAUUGCCAAGAAUCUAUGCAUAUUAAGUACAACACAGGUGCCACAUCAUAGACUACAGGAUGACGAUACAGACAUAACAUGGUCAAUAAUGCAUAAGCAUACUGACAUUAAAUGAUCAAUACUGAUAUCCAAAAGGAAUGCGACUCAUUGCUCCGCCUUAGACCGCUGCAGUCUCCCUUACG